UUUUGCUGGGUGUAUCCACCGGCUCAUGAGGCGGUCUCAUGCCGCCUGCGGACCAAUCAGGACGGCUUUGAGAGCAACGGGAGAGAACCGUUCAGUGGGAGAUGGCGCCCAGCUCGAAAUCAGAAAAGGACGAUAGCAAACACAAAGCUCAGAGAAAACACAAAGACCAUGUCGUGAAGCUUCUCAUGCGUGGGAAGCUGUCAGGACAGUUUUCUCAGCGCCUGUUCAGGAAGCUCCCACCUCGAGUGUGUGUCCCAUUAAAGAACAUUGUCAGCGAAGAGUUCCUGAGAGCAGGACAUAUCUUUCUUGGCUUCACCAAAUGUGGCCGCUACGUUCUGUCCUACACCAGCGACUGUGGAGAAGAUGAUGACUUCUCUUUCUAUACUUACCAUCUGUAUUGGUGGGAGUUCAACCUGCACAGUAGACUCAAACAGGUCCAUCAUGUACGACUAUUUGCAGGCGAAGAAAUCUACAGUGACCUGUACCUUACCGUGUGUGAGUGGCCAAAUGACCACUCCAAAAUUGUCAUCUUUGGCUUCAAUACACGCAGUUCAAACUCCGUUCUGAUGAACUUGAUGAUGAGUGAUGAGAACAACAGAGACAUCUACAUCACCAUCGCCUCUAUGCCUCCUCCUAAACCUUGCUCUGUCUGCUGCCCAGUUCCCUCAGCCACAACCAUACGCACAGGGAGUGGUGAGUGUCUGGAGCAUGGCUAUGUGCUCAACAGCAGGUACCAGGUGGUGUACCCAUUUCCAACUUUCCAGCCAGCUUUCCAACUGAAGAAGGACCAGGUCAUCCUAUUGAACACUAGCUACUCUCUGGUGGCUUGCGGCAUCUCACUCUGCCAAGGUAAGCAGGGUCAGUCGUCGCAGAUUCUCUACACAAAGAGAGCAGCUCUGUCAGGUCAAACCUCCGCAUCCUUCUCCCCCACCUCGUCAGCCUCUUCUUCCUCACUACCUCAGGGAUCUCCCGACAGCCGGCCGCCACCUAGCAGGCCCGCUCCGUUACCCUCAUCUCCUAGUCAGUCACAAGCAGCCGCGCGAGCACGGGAGUUUGCAGCUGACCUCUUCAGGCGAGCCCAGGGAGGAGCAGGGAGAGAAAAAGAAGGCCAGGUAGAGAGGAGAACCGCUGAUGCUGUUGAAAAAGAGGCAGCGCAGACUCCAGUAGACAAAGUGAUAAACGUAGAGACUCGGAGAGAGGAGCAGGAUGGUAGAGAGAGGAGGGAGGAGGAAAGACGGACUAGUUUACCCCAAACAUCAACAUCAGGUGGGAGCCACAGUUUGCCGCCCUGCUCUGAACAAGUGAUGUCUCCCGCCUCCUCCUCGUCCUCAUCAUCGCCUUCGUCCCCUUCGACUCCGUCCACAUCCCAGGAGAUCGGCCCCAGCGAGCCUGGAUAUGUCAACUACUCAUGCCUGCACUAUCGCCUCCAACAGCCAGGGGCAGCAGAGCAGAACACAGGAGGUGCAGCAGGUUAUGAAGACGAUAAAGUUCAGCUACCCUUCACAGUCACUGAUCUUAAAGGACGGAACCUGCAGCUGGUCACCGAGCCACACAACGGACAGAGUGUGUGUGUGGAGCAGUUGACUCUGGACUUUGAGUAUCUUAUCAAUGAGGUGAUUAGGAGCGAUGCUGCCUGGGCCCCACAGUUCUGCUCCUUCAGUGACUAUGAUGUUGUGAUAUUAGAGGUGUGUCCAGAGACCAACACUGUGAUGAUCAACAUCGGUCUGCUGUUACUGGCCUUCUCCACCUCGGAUGAGGAGCACUGCAGGCCAAACACCUACCAUUCCAACCUGCAGGUUAGCUGGGACCUAAACACAGGUGCGUGUUGCACUGUGGGCGUCGGUGACCUUACGGAGGUAAAGGGUCAGACCAGCGGGAGCGUGUGGAGUUCUUACAGGAAGUGCUGUGUGAACACGGUGAUGAAGUGGCUCGUUCCUGAGAGCAGCUCCCGCUACAUCAAUCGCAUGACCAACGAAGCUUUACACAAAGGCUCAUCCCUUCAAGUGUUGGCAGAUAGUGACCGAUGCACCUGGAUUGUAUUGUGAAGAAGGAAGCGCACCAAAGCAACAGAAACACAAACACAAACACACACACACACACGUACACACACACGUUGACAUGGCCUCAUCUUCAGUAUGGAGCUCGACCUCAACAUGGGUAAAACCGCACACGUUUGAUCGACUACACUUUGGUAACAUGUAGUUCAAACACGUGUCAAAUUAAAACAGAACAAAGAUGGCUCAAGAUGUAAUACUGUAAAGAUGAAGAUUUAUAGGUGAUCUGUGUUUAAUUUUACAGGUUUUUUUUUUUUGUAAUGUACUGUAUUAUUGCAAGCACCAAAACCAAGAGCUGGACUGAAUGGAGAUUUCAUUUUUACAUUUUGUUUUUAUACAUAAAGGCGUACUGAUGUUGUGCGAGUGUUUUUUUUUUUGUGUGUGUGUGUGUAUACAGACCUGCACCUGCGUGACGUCCAAAAGGUGAUUUCAUCCAGAGAAUAAGUGUGUGUAUGUAUGAGUGUGUGCAUGUUUAAUGUUAAGUUGACAGACUCAGCUGCUUCUGAACAAGUCGUUUCCUCACCUGAUCUGGACCAGUUGGGUCUAGCUGUGUCGAUUUCAUAAGGCUGCAGUAUUUAUCAAAGUGAGACGAAGUGAACCGCAGUACCGCAUCGCUCAACAACUUCUUUUAAACCUGUCGUGGCGGUUAGAAGGUUGUUGGGAGUCACCCGCUUCGCUGGUUGACAUCGCGCUGUAUGUUUACUGGCAUGGAAGUAAGACUAUGUUCAUUUAGGAUAUUUUGUCAAAAUAAAUGUUCAAAAGAUU